CGCUCCCAGAGUCCUUUGCGGCUGACGGCGAGGACUACAUUUCCCAGGAGACUCAGCAGCGCCGCUUACCGGAAGCGGCGGGUGAAUUGCGUGCCCUUGCACGGAGAGUGAAACGAGACGGACCAUGGUAGCUCGAGUGUGGUCGCUAAUGAGGUUCCUCAUCAAGGGAAGCGUGGCGGGGGGAGCAGUCUACCUUGUUUAUGACCAGGAGCUGCUGGGGCCCAGCGACAAGAGCGAGGCUGCCCUACGGAAGGCCGAGGAGGUGGUGCCACCAGCAAUGUACCAGUUCAGCCAGUAUGUGUGCCAGCAGACGGGUCUGGAGAUGCCACAGCUUCCAGCCCCUCCAAAGAUUAACUUUCCGAACUUCCGUGACUCCUGGAACUCAGGCAUCAUUUCCGUCAUGGCAGCUUUGUCAGUGGCCCCCACCAAGGCCCGAGAAUACUCCAAGGAGGGCUGGGAGUACGUGAAAGAGCACACCAAGUAACAGAUGCCACCUGUCCCAGCAUUAUCGGGGGCAAGACCAGGAUGCCACAGACUCAACCAUAGUGGGGACCCCACUCUGAGGGCAGCUUCCAGCAUUGCUGGUUCAAUAAAGGAGUUGGAAUAGUC